AUGGACCGCUUUGGUGCGGCCAAUGGGCGACCUAAUAUCUUCUCAAGCAAUGCGCCGUUCCCCGUGCUGUCGGACGUCUCCACCUCGUCAACCACGCCAUUCGCCCACGACGACCGCCUCGGCUCCUUCGCUUCCUCCUCCACCUCGUUCCGCGAUGGCAACAACGCGUCGCUUCGCGGCUCCCUCCCCGGCGCGACCGCUGACAUCCCGCCCAUGGCGGCGCCCCACUCCGUGCAGCAGCCGUCCGGCGACACGCGGAAAGAAAACGAGGCGCGGAAAACGAGCCGGUCGUCGGGCCUUUCCUCCGCCGCAGUAGCGGAGCGAAGCGACAGCCAAGGGACGCGCGACAGCGACGAUGACGACGGCGGCGGCGGCGGCGAUGGUGGGGAGGAGCGACAUCAAGACCCGGCCGAGGGCACGUCGUCGUGUCACUGCGUACCCAUCGCGCCCAAGGGCCCGCCUUGUUGCGGCGACACUUUCAUUCUCCCGUUCUACUUACCCCAGGAAUGGCGCGAGCCGCUGGCAAAGGCCGCCGAGGCCCUCAAGCAUCCCAUCGCCAUCGCAACGCUCGUUAUGAUCGGCAUGCUGACCGUUUCCGGCGCGCUUCUCUUCUUCACGCUCACCGGCAUGUGGAAGGCUUUCGGCGGGACGGAGGAAAAGCUCUGGUUCGAGUUUUCGAAUCAGAUUCUCAACGGCGUUUGCACGGUCAGCUGUCUCGUUAUGCACCCUCUCCGGUGUUACUACGUCGUGCAGCUGGUUCGCUGGAACCGCGUCGACGUCGCGAGCCUUCGCGCGCUGCUGUCGGCGGCGGGCGCGUUCGUCGCGAAGCCGGACGAGCGGUUCCACAUGUCGGUCGUGCUGACGCUGCUUCAACUCAACUGCAUCUUCCAGUACGCGAUAGAGGUCAUUCUCUGGACGAUUCCUGAGCCGCAGCGCCCCGUACCCCUUAUUGCGUUCCUCGUUUGUAUCGCUCUCGGUUCGCCGUUCACAGCGGGACUGUACUGCAUAUUCAGCCCUCUAGGCUGGGCCACGGCCGAACCGCCCGUUCGUAAAAGUUUCAGAAGCUUCGGGAUGCGUAGUACAGAGUCGCAUAAGUCCGUGAGCGAGUCGCACAGUGGUGCAGGCGAGUCGCAGGGAGCGAAAGCGACGCCGUGCGCACUGUGCGACGGAGUGAUAGCAGGAGAGGGGAAGAUGGAGGUAGUGGUGGUGGCGGACGGGCAGGCGCACAGGGACGCGGAGAAGCAGCGCGCGGGCGUGGUGGAGUGCGGAGAGGAGCAGCAGUGCGCGGAAGCGGAGGAGCCGCCGUUGGCGGAAAGCAAAGAGCUGCCCAAGCGGCGCCGGUUUGGGGAAUACCACGAGAUAGUGGCGGGGGAGGGGGAGCGGACGUUGAAGGAUCCGAAGCAGUGGCGGAUUCCAGUGUGGCGACCAGAAGGGGAGAGAUCAGACGAUGAGAAACUGCAACGGGAGAGGCCGCAAUGGCAGGGGUCUGCAUUUGACUGUUGUGCUGAUGGAUGCUGGAGUGCAGUGAGUGCUACAAUCUUCUGCUUCUGCGUGCACGGACGGCACGUGGAGAGAGCUGGGUUCGGCAACCGAAUCGUCUUCACCGCAACGUUCAUAUUCUUUAUCUUUGGACCUAUUGUGAUCUUUACGAUGGGUGCACGCAACAUUCCAAACACCACCAUGCAGUGGUUUGUGUUCAGCCUGGGCGUGCUGGGGAGCUUUCUCGGGGUGACGUAUGGCGGGUACUGGCGGUGGAAGGUGCGGCGGACGUUUCUGCUGCAGGAGCAGGUGUGGUGCUGCGGGCACAAGGCAGCGACGGACUUUGCGUCGUGGUACGUGCUGCCGUGCUGCUCGCUGUGCCAAGAGGUGCGCACCGUGCGGCACUACCGCUUCCACAUGCUCCCACACUUGCCUGAUGAGACCCCGGGCGAGGUACAAGGGGCGGAGCAGGGGAAGGCGGUGAAAGCGGAUGGGGAGACUCAUGAGUACCGGUGUCGUGGUUGCGGUGAAUUGAAGGGCAUGGAAGGAGGUGGUGGGGAGGCAGCCAUGCAAGCUCCGUCUGCUAAGAGCUCACGGGAAAACACGGGAGAGCCUGAGUAUACUCACGGGCGACCAUCGAUGGGGUGGUGGGCUGCUAAGGGGACGCUCCGCGGCGUCUUGAUGGCGACGAGAGCGGCGGUGGUGGCGCUGGUGGUGGCGCGCUGCUGCAUGCCCCUCGCACGCGCUGCUCCCGUGGUGGACGCCGAGAGUAAGCCGUUCAGCCGAGAGUAA